AUGCCAUUUGAUGCAUGCAUCUCAGCUGUUUCCAUGACGAUUGUCGAAUUUGAAAUUACCGACGUCGUUAACCUAAUUCUUCUCCUGUGUAGGUUGAUUAUGGCUGCAGCAGAAGCCGCAGUCGAGUACCAAAGUGAGAAUUUCAGUAAGGAAAAGGACCAAGAUCUGUAUGAUUUGAAGCAGUCAGAAAAUCAUGCAACAGGUGAUCCAGAGAAACCGGAAGAAGCAAAAGAUCAGGAAAAUGUAACUAAUGGGCAAAAGAAGGAUGAAGAUGAUGAAAAGAUGGACGAGAAAUCAGCAUCGUCUAGAAGUCGUUCACGUUCUGCAGCUAGUGGGAAGUCAUCUAGAUCUAACUCUAAUAGUCGCUCGAAGUCACGUAGUAAAUCAAGAUCACGUUCAGGUCGCUCACGCUCGAGGUCACGAUCGCACUCAAAAUCACGCUCAAGAACUAAGCGUAGAACUCGAGGUUCACGUAGUCAAAGUCCAAGAAGACGCAGAAGUCGAUCUUCAUCAAGCCGUGAUACUUACGACUCAUUUAAAGCGAGAGAAAGUGAAAGAAAUUUUUUCGAUCCUUAUGAUAAUUCAAUGCCAAAUGCGACAACUUAUAACGCAUUUAUGUUUAUGUGCCACUGUCAGCGCUCAUUUCGGAAUGAUCAUCAUUUCCCUUCUCUACAACAUUUACUUCGUCUUUUUUACAGCCCGAUACGGUCAUUGGGAGAGUUCGUGUGCCGAGAAUGUGACAGAUCAGAUUUCGAUUCGGUUCGAGAAUUAAGCGAGCAUGAGAUUCGUGCCCAUGAUGCUUACAUGCCUUGCGCACAUUGUAACAAGGAAGCAUCUAGCGUUCAGAAGUUGGUUGAUCAUUUGAAACGUCGCCACGGGGAUGAGAAACUUAUUUGCGAUUAUUGCAAAGAAAGUUUUAGCUCGAAGAUCUCAUCAGCAAAAGACUCAAGAUGGGAAGAGUUUAGAGCUCACAUUUACAAGGAGUGUUUGAAGGAGAAAAUGUACAGCCACGAACGUUCACGAGGUCGGGGUAGUGGUAUUGCGCAACGUGGACGUGGUCGUUGCCCUCACGGACCUCCAGUCCGAUGCAAGAAUUUUCCGAGGUGUCCCGGUGUUAGAUGCUAUUACUUUCAUGGUUAUUGCCGUUACGACACUAAAUGUGUAAAAAAGGAAUGUCCAUUUGAUCAUACUGAUCGUCCCCGUGUUUGUCUGUCUUGUCUCAGAGAUACCAGGGUGAAUUUUUAA